GAUACUACUGGCUGGCUGCUGUCUAAGACACUAGCCAAUAGAAAACGGGAUCAUCAAGGCGUGCAACUGGACAGUAAUCAACUAGUGCGACCUGGUGUUGAUCGCCGCCUAACAAUAAUAUUAAUAAUAAUAACAAUCGCUCGUCUUCAACCAGUCGACGAUGUCGCUGGUUUCUACCAUGGCGGUAUGAUUCCCAUGCAUAAUUAACCCUGCCUUGUAGAUCCUACACUUUCCCCAUGACACUUAACUCCCAAAUAUAUAUGGAUGACGCUACUCCACACCGGUCAGAAACGUAUGACCAAUAUCAAUAUGAGCAGGAGUUGCUGAAGCACCAACGGCAUUUGCCAGAUUCUCACGAUUCCUCAAUAGAAGAUGAGAAAUACGGACAGAGGCCUGGGCUGAGAGGGAGAAUAAGAACUCUGUGGGACAAAAAGGUCAAGCCUGCCUUUCCAGAAGCCAUUGCAGAUAUCACUCUCAUCAAGGACGUGUUCACUACGGAAACACUUGUUCGCAAGGAUUCUCAUGAUGCGCAAAGAUAUCCUGAAAUUGAACGGGUUGCAGAGAUUCGACAUGGCCUGGAUCUUGGUGGUGAAGAAAAGGCAUUUUUGUCAAAAAGAAAAUUGCAUGUUCGAAAUAAUUUCGCCAAAUACUUAGGACUGGACUCGGAGAAGGUAAACCCAGACGACAUUCCAAUAGUAGGAUUUGGGGGAAGCGGUGGCGGAUACCGCGCCAUGAUCGGACUCGUCGGCUAUAUGCUAGAGAUGAAAAAGUCAGGAUUGUGGGACCUAGUCACCUACGUAUCUGGCGUGAGCGGUGCAUGUUGGUCCAUUGCAUCCUACUACACCUUUGCAGAGACAAACAUCGACCACAUGUUAAUUCACUUUAAACAACGAUUGUCACCCUACCAUCCGUUAUCUGAUGAAGCCAUCCGCAUGACGCUGACUGCGACGAACGGCCCCUACAAUACAUUAGGACCGUUGAUAUUGAAACAUAUCAGUAAACUGCAUAUCGUUCUUAUGGACCUAUAUUCCGUUUUCACAACAGGGUAUCUAUUUCUCCAUCAAAGUCAAGAAGAACACCCCCUUAUUCGUAAGAAGAUCAACAAUAAGCGAGGAUGGUGGAAGUGGACUGACGCCCAUAAAUGGCUUGAGGAUGGCCACGAACCGCUGCCAAUUAUGACUGCAAUUCGUCAUGAACGGCCAUGGAAAGAUUGGAUUGAUAAGGAGCAUCCAUUUAAAAAUGAUGAUCCCCAGACAGAACAUGAAUCAGACAUAGUCGACGCUUGGUUUCAAUGGUUCGAGAUGACGCCCUACGAGAUUGGUUGUGACGAGCUUGAAUCAUGGGUCCCAACAUGGGGCUUCGGCCGACCUUUCGAGAAUGGAAGGUCCACGUUACAGCUUCCCGAACAGUCACUGGCCCUGCUGCUCGGAUUGUGUACGAGUGCACUCGCUGGUCCACUUGAUGCGUAUCUUGCAACCAUAAAGCGCAACCUGCCGACUGGUUCGUUUGGAAAUAUACUUCAUGACAUGGCUCUGAAAAUCACCAACAUGUGGGGAAAGCAGAAAACUAAAGUCUUUCAACAGCACCAUCCACUCCAUGCUUGCAAUGAGCACAAUUUCAUGUUUCAUAAAACCCCUGUUCCAAAAGGACAAGCAAGGUCACCGGGUAUUGAGAACUCGCCUCGAAUCCAUCUUCUGGACUCUGGCCUUGACAACAACUGUCCUACAUAUGUUCUUCUUCGACCGGAACGGGAAGUUGACGUUAUUAUCCUCAUGGACGCGUCCAGUGAUGUUCAUAAGGAUGUUUUUCAAGAACGUGUGGACCAAAUUGGUAGCCGAAGAGGUAUGAAAUAUACUCGGCGGCAUAAUAAUCCUGAGCAUGGAUCAGACGCCAACUCUUUCUCGGACAAAUAUGCACAGGUUUAUGAUGGUGCUGUUUGCAACCGACCCACAGAAGUUGUGGAUUCAUACGGACAUACGGUCACCAACCCCCCAGCCCCUACCUGUAAUAAAGAUAACACUAUUAUAUAUAUGCCACUUCUCCAGAAUGAAGAUGCUGUGCCAGGCUAUGAUCCAUCCAGGGCUAAAUGGUCAGGCAGUUACAAUCUGGUCUGGGCCCCAGAGCAGAUCGACAUGUUGGUGAAAGUCUCCGCUGCAAACUUUGAGGCGGGCCAGGAAUGCAUCAAAAAUGUUCUUCUUGAAACCUAUUUGAAAAGGAAAGCUAGGCGUGAAAGUCUUUUGUCUUAGUGUAUGUGGCACCCAACUUGAUAUCGAUUACUCUCAGGUCUAACAAGGAUGUCCUAGGCGUAAUCGGGGCCUAUCUUGGUGUACAUAACUACCUCUGAGAACUUCGAGCUUGGAACGACGUCGAACUUAUCGGUUAAAGUGCUGAUGGAUAUUUGACUUAGCAAGGAGCGGAAGGCGAAUUUGGGGCUUUUCCCAUCAUUUAUUUCCUCUAUUUCUUGUCUUGUCUUGCUUUGGAUUCAUGGGAAGCAUAUUCAAUGCUUCCUUGACAUAAAGAUCACUCUAUACGUAGUAAAUAUUUUUUGUGAUCUAUUAGAUAAGUUUUACAUUGUUCGUUUCAA